CUGGAAGGUAAAAAGUGACUGGUUGGUAGAAGUCGGAGUGAAUGGAAGACGAGUACUUGUAAGCCUGGAGGAUUCCUAAAACCAACCCUCAGCAUGGCUCCAGGAGGGUGGACAUUGAAACUGCUCUCAGCGCGCACAGUUGUGCAGUGGAGCUGUGCUGCCAACUCAGACCUGGGGACUGGUGUCAUCUCCACAGUUAUGGAAACAGGUGGCUCCAGAGAGGACAUCAAGCAAGUGUGUGGGAAGCCUAACGUGGUGGGGAAGAUCUAUGGUGGCCGGGACGCAGCAGCGGGCCAGUGGCCAUGGCAGGCCAGCCUGCUCUACCGGGGCUCGCACCUCUGUGGAGCUGUCCUUAUCAACUCCCGCUGGCUGGUGUCGACGGCCCACUGCUUUCUCAACAAAUCCCAGGCCCCGGAGAACUAUCAGGUUCUGUUGGGAAACACCCAACUGUAUCAUCAAACCCAGCACACCCAGAAGAUGUCUGUGCACCAGAUCAUCACCCAUCCAGACUUUGAGAAGCUCCACCCCUUUGGGAGUGACAUUGCCAUGUUGCAGCUGCACCUGCCUGUGAAGUUCACUUCCUACAUUGUCCCUGUCUGCCUCCCAUCCCGGGACAUGCACCUGCCCUGUAACGUGUCCUGUUGGAUAACCGGCUGGGGAAUGCUCACCGAAGACCUGCAACUGUCACCACCCUUCUAUCUCCAGGAGGGCAAGGUGGACCUCAUUGAGAACACACUCUGUAAUACCUUAUAUGGGCAAAGAACUGGCAAAGGCAAGACCUACGCUGUGCAUGAGGAGAUGCUGUGUGUGGGGGACUUCUCGACAGGAAAGUCCAUCUGCAAAGGUGAUUCCGGGGGGCCUCUAGUCUGUUACCUCCCCAGUGCCUGGGUCCUGGUGGGGCUGGCCAGCUGGGGCCUGGACUGCCGGCAUCCUGCCUACCCCAGCAUCUUCACCAGGGUCACCUACUUCACCAACUGGAUCGACGAAAUCAUGAGGCUCACUCCUCUUUUUGACCCCACGAUGGUUCCUCACACCGGCUCUCCACCCAAGCCUCUGAGGGCUGCUGGCCUGCCUGGGCCCUGCGCAGCCCUUGUGCUGCCACAGACCUGGCUCCUGCUGCCACUUACCCUCAGGGCCCCAUGGCAGACCCUGUGAUGACCACAGAGCCCCUCGACCCCUUCUCUCUGCUCAGGCCUAGGUGUCCAUGCUGGACCCUCCCUCCCCCUAGCCCACUGUCCCUCUAAAUGGUUCCUAAUCCUGGCUUUUCUGCCUAUCAACUGCCAUUCCCCAAACCAAGCUUGGGCAACACAAAACCAAACCCAAUAAGAGAGUCAUCUGCUCUUCCUCCACCCCGCACGGCCCUCCCAGGCCCCUCCUGCUCCUUAGUGCUUGCCCUUUCCAUAGGAUUCAUUGUCUGACUCCCAGGGCAGGAACCUGGGACCUCACAGAGAGAAUCUCAACAGUGGGCUCCUAGGAGGAAAGCAGGGGUAGGGGGGAUACUAGGGGUGCUGAGGGAGCUGAGGCCACCAGCUGGCAGGGAGCAGGAUCAGUCUGCACUCAACAUUGCUCCUGCCACAGGAAGCACCCAGGCUUUCAGAGGAGCUGAAACUACACCUGGUGUCCACAGUGCCAGGGAGCAAGGGCUUCUCUGAAGUAGAGGAACAGUGCUCCUGGGGCAUGGAGGAAGGAGGUUCGACUCCCAGUGGAGACGGAAAAAGGGAAGUGGCUGGUGCACAAAGUAAUGGAGCAGGAUUGGGGAACAGGAUCCCAGCCAUGAGAAGAGGGUUCCAGCCUGCAGCUAGAGUGCUUUCAAAACAUGAGGGUCUGGGAAAGACUGACAGAAGCAGAUGGAGGAGGGUCCUGAUGGCCAGGCCAAAACCUGAGGUUUAGGUCAGCCAUGCUCAGAUCAGAGCUCUGCGCCUAAGGACAAUUCCUGCCCCUCCUCACCUGUCCCCAUAGGCCCUGCUUUCCCCAAGUCUGCAGGCACCUGACCCACUGCCCAUCCCCAAAGCCCCCAAUCCUGCAUAAACAUGCUCCCUCCUGUCUAAGGCCCUUGGCCAACCCUGCCCAAAGAAGUCUGCACUCCUCCAGCUGGUAGAGCCUGGUAUGACCUUAUCUACUUAGCUGACGCAGGAUUUAGCGCCCCAGCAAUAAGCCUCAAAAUAGUGUUCUGGGCCAUCCUUCCUGCAAGCCUGCUGGACACAGCCCUGUGCAGCCAGCAGGACUCCUAAAGGCCUCUCAGCACAGCCUACCCCCAGCCUUCAGAGACCACGAGAAAACAGGAGAGCUCCCAUUUAGCACAUGUCCGUAUGGACAAGGCGCCAUCCAAAAGGUUCAGUGCACAUCGUCCCCAGUCUUGGUAUUGGCCACAUUUCCUGUACCCUCGCAGGCAAGGGGCACAGAUGCACUCACAUGCAUGUCAACACCAGGACCUCACUGGCUUAAACCCUCUACUACUCAUGCAGGAAUUCUCACCCCAAAAUAAUAUUGUGAGGCCUGAAGAAAGUGUCUUCCCAGUAUCCACUCCUGUAGGGGUAUUUCCAGCAGUCCCUGCCUCUGACCAGAGCUCCGCCACUGAGGUACUGCUAUGCCUAGUAAUAUGUCCACUACUAGUGUCCAGCCUUAGAGCUCAGCGGUCUCCACAGAAAGUGUUCCCUCCCCUGGUGGUAAGCUCAGUUAUGGGGUCUCAGAGCAGGGCUGCUCAGGACUCUUGAGAGGUCAGUGAGUUACCAAGACAGCAUGUGCUCCAUGCAUGUUCUCCACAAGGUCAGGGGAGCUUGGGCAGUUCUGUUUAGAGUAUUAGCCACUCCACUGUCCCCAGAGCCACUAUUCUCUUUUGUGGCAGCCACAGGCUGGCUGUGUCCUGAGGGCCUGCCUGUUAUACACCUUAUGCCAGGGGUUAGGUGAUUUCCUGUCCUCCCGGAUGCUCUCAGGCCUCUAAACCAAAGGGUGGGGAUACAUACCUAGUCCACAUGACACAUCAAACAAAUCUCAGUUCCCGCACAGUUAGUUUCCCUGUUACUUGAAACCAACGUAAGUGCUCAGUAUCCUUAUCCUGGUUGAGUUUAUUUUUAAAGAUAAACUGCAGCCUAUUAGGGUUGAGUAGCUUUUUUUUGCUUUUUUUUUUU